ACGUCAGUUAAUUUAAGUGUCUGUAGAGUUAUGCAAGACGGCGAAAGCGGCUUCGAUUGGAGUCACAUAACUUGCGCUCAGACUUAUUAAAUCGUAGGUGUGCGUGUGAUUUGCUUUGGCGAAACGUGCUUCUCGUAUAAACACAACAAUAACAAGGAGUGUAAACUUGAAAAAAGGAUUGUGAAGAAAUAGCGAGAAGAGCGAAGGAGAUCCGCGGAGAUGAGUUAAUAAACAUUUCAUUGAGAUACGUUAUCAUGCCUGUGGAACAAUGAGGUGAUAUGUAAAGUCUUCCAAGAUGGUAGCUUCCGAGAAGAACUGCCUAGAAUCUCGAAAAAAAUUCGUUCAAUUGAGCAACGCAGACAUUGUGGUCACCAGUCUGUGCGCGGGGGCCAUUGCGGGGGCCCUCGCCAAAUCGACGAUAGCCCCAUUGGACCGCACCAAGAUUAAUUUUCAAAUCAGUCCCAAGCCGUACUCCACGAAGAGGGCCCUAAAAUUCCUGAUAAACACCUACAAAAGUGAGGGGGUGUUCGCACUGUGGAGGGGAAACAGUGCCACAAUGGCAAGGAUUGUGCCGCAUGCAGCCAUCCAGUUCACAGCACACGAACAGUGGAAGAGGAUUCUGCAGAUUGAUUGCAGCACAAAUUCACCGGCCAGACAACUUUUGGCCGGUUCUUUGGCUGGAAUAACAUCUCAAUCCUUGACUUAUCCCCUGGACUUGGCGAGAGCGCGGAUGGCCGUCACGCACAAAACCGAAUACGCCACAUUGAGACAAGUUUUCGUUAAAAUUUACUACGAGGAGGGCUGCUGCUCGUUCUACCGAGGCUACGUCCCGACCAUGCUCGGGGUCAUCCCUUACGCUGGCGUUUCCUUUUUUACCUACGACACUUUGAAACGUUUAUAUAGAGAAAAUAUAGAAAAUACUGAGAAAAUCAAUACGUUUGCUUCUUUGGCUUUCGGCGCCGUGGCCGGAAUGCUGGGACAAUCGAGUAGUUAUCCAUUAGAUAUUGUUAGGAGGCGAAUGCAGACGGACGCCGAGGGGAAAUACACGACAAUAAUGAAGACUCUGCGUUUAAUUUACGUCAAUGAGGGUAUCAUCUGCGGUUUCUACAAAGGUCUUUCGAUGAACUGGAUCAAAGGGCCGAUAGCCGUGGGCAUAAGUUUCGCGACCUACGACCACAUUAAAGACUCACUCCGUACACUAUUAACCACAUACAAAUACACUAAUAAGCUUUAAUAAGAUCGAUCCCUUGUUGUUCUUUCUUCUUAAUCUUUAUUCAUUUUAAUUUGUGAUUUAUCAAGAAGUCUCCGCAGAUUCUCAACUGUUUCGACUUGGGGGAGAGAAGAUGUUCGGGGAUUCGGAAAACGAAAAAUG